AUGGAUCCGGAAAAGGGCACGUAUGCCGUCAACUCGGCCGCCAAGGACGAAUAUGAUCAAGCGAGAGUGGCUUCCGGCGAGAUGGACGUGAGAAGAGGCUCUGUCGUGCUCGGCGAGGCAAAAGAAAUGUACGGGGAGGAUGCGGAGCGUAAGUGCUGGAACAACCUCUCAACCGACAUCUGACGAGCUUCUUCGCGCUAAUGGCAGUGAUGCUCUCCAGAAUACGGUUAUGUCUCCCGUGGGCUCAAGUCGCGGCACAUCCAGUUCAUCGCCCUCGGAGGCACAAUCGGAACUGGAUUGUUCCUGGGUAUUGGCAAGGCGUUCGUCAUGGGCGGUCCUCUCUCCGUCCUCCUCGGAUACUCGAUGACUGGUAUUGCAAUCUUCGCCAUGAUGCAAUGUCUGGGAGAAAUGGCGACUUGGCUCCCUCUUCCUGGCGCUGUGCCGCAAUACUGUGCGCGAUACGUGGAUCCUGCCAUGGGUUUCGCCGUCGGCUGGAACAAUUGGUAUUCGAGUGCCCUCACGCUCUGUGCGGAGAUCAGUGCCGCUGCGAUUGUGAUUGAGUUCUGGAACGACUCGAUCAACCAGGCUGCUUGGAUCAGUAUCAUUCUGGUGGUAAUAGUUUGCUUGAACAUCUUCGCCGUGAGCAUCUACGGAGAGGCAGAAUUCAGUGAGUGGCCUCUGCAAGGGUUUUCCGUGUCGAUGGAUGGCUAACAGCGUUCGAAAUAGUCUUUGCAUCGAUCAAGAUCAUCACAAUCGUCGGCUUGAUCCUUCUUGCUCUCAUCAUCGACCUGGGAGGUGCACCCGGACAAGACCGCCUUGGAUUCCGAUACUGGAAGCACCCCUGGGCUGCUAUGCGAGAGUAUAUCGGUACUGGCAAUACGGGCCGCUUCGCCGGAUGGUUUGCAACCUUGUCAAACGCCGCGUUCGCAUACGGAGGUGUGGAGAUGGUCGCCGUCGCCGCCGGUGAGGCCGAAAACCCACGCAAGAACAUUCCCAAGGCCGUUAAGAGAGUCUUUUGGCGUAUUCUUUUCUUCUACGUGCUCGGAAGUUUAGCCAUCGGUGUCACCGUCCCAGCAGACGACGAUAAUCUCCUCAAUGGUGGUCCUGGAGCCGGCUCUUCUCCAUGGGUCAUUGCCAUUACCCGUGCCGGCAUUCCUGUCUUGCCGUCUAUCAUCAACGCCGUUAUCCUCACCUCAGCCACAUCAUCCGGAAACGCCUUCCUCUACACCGGGUCUCGUUACCUCUUCGCCCUCGCUCAGAACCGUCAGGCCCCACGCUUCCUCCUCUACUGCACCAAGGCGGGAGUACCCAUCUGGUGUGUCCUCAUCACCGCCUCCAUCGGCCUCCUCACAUACAUGACCGUCUCCACCGGCGCCUCUUCCGUCUUCGACUGGUUCCAGACCCUCACGACCAUCACAUCCCUCUUCACCUGGGUGUCCAUCCUCGUCGCUUUCCUCCGCUUCCGCGCCGCCUGCAUCGCCCAGGGCGUCCGCACGGAAGACAUGGUCUUCAAAUCCCGCUUCCAGCCCUUCACCGCCUACGCCGCCCUGAUCUUCUUCGUCAUCAUCAUCCUCUUCAACGGCUUCGCCGUCUUCACGCAUAACACGGACGGGUCGUCGAAUUGGGGCAUCCAGGACUUUGUGACGGCCUACGUCGUCAUCCCGAUCUAUCUGGCUGUACGUUGACUCUCUUCCCUUCUUUUUUUUCAAAAAAAAAAAUCUUUGCAUUUCCGCGUAUGUUUAAACACAGGCCGUGACUGAUUUUUUUUUCUUGUUGCAGUUCUACCUCUUCUGGAAGAUUGUCAAGAGGACCAAAUUCAUCAAGGCUGCGGAAGCGGAUAUCUGGACUGGCAAGGUAAGUAAUAAGAGAUCCAUACACACCAAGAGAAAAAAAGAGAAAAAAAAAAGAAAGAAAAAAGCAAAAAAAAGUCAUCGAUUCUUUUUCUUUUCCUCUUCCCCCACCUCCCCUCUUUCUCUCUGAACGUCAAGGCUAACCUUUGGUCUUCUUCCUUUCUCCACACUAGGCCGCCCUCGACGCAGAAGUCUGGCCCGAGCAGAUUCCACGGAACGUGUGGGAGAAGAUCUGGUUCUGGAUCGCCUAG